UAAUUUACCUUUAAACAUUUAUUUUUAAUCAAUUAACAUUCCUUCAAAUAAUUCAUAAAUUAAAAUUUUAAUAAUUUAUUUUGAAUUAAUUUUAAUAUUUAAAAUUGUGUUAAAAAAGAAAAUUAGUAUGACAUAUCACUAACAAACAAAUUUAAGUUUUUUUUUCCCAAAACCGCACUAUUAUUUUCUCAAAACCGCACUAGUAUUUUAUCAAAACCGUACUACUUUUUCAACAAAAUCCACACUUGUCCGGUAAACCACGUGAACCGCAGUGAGACCAUAUUACACCGCUUAUAUUAUCAAAACGGCGGUCACCUUCGGACCAUUAAUCACAUGAUCAACGAACCGAGUAUCCAAUGACUAUGAGAGUCUCAAAUCAACAUUUUACAGAUAAAUUUGUCAAAUUCAAUAAUCUAGAAAGGGAAAAAAAAAGAAUGAUUCAGUCCAAUAAGCGAUCCCAAUCUAUAUUUAUACAAAUAUAUUAUAGAUAACAAUUUAUAUUUUUAAGUCUUAAGAAAAGAAAUGAAGCAUUGUUUUAUAAAAAACUUAUUUAAAAAUUUUUAGUAUGAUUUCGUUAGAUUAGCAAUUUUUUUCUCACAAAAAGUCUUUAAAAAUUAAAUUUAGAAAGUAAUUUAAUUUAUAUCAAAGUGUAAAAAAACACAUAUACAUACAGUGUAUAAAUGUAGAAAGUGAACGCACUCAUUGCCAUUUAUGAUGACCUCAUCACAUUAAUAAGCCACCAAAAAGAACUUGAGUACUCUCUACGUUUCCUCCUUCCUCUCUAUAUAAACCCUUCCUUUCUCAUCUCCUCUGCUUACUGUUCUCUAAUCUAAUCUCAGCUUUCAUUAAAAAAACCUAAACACUUGAGUUUCUGAAAAUGUCGGAAGAAUUCGACGAAUCUGAGAUCAUUUUCUCGGACAACUUCUUCCCAGCUCGCCGGCGUGAUGAAGAAAACGACAAAGAGAACCGUCCGGUUGAGUUACGAGAAAACACAAGACGGAGACGGAUCAAAACGUCGCCGUUGCCUUCACCGGCGGCAUUCUCGACGUCGCUUCCGGUGAAUAUACCGGGUGAUAUGAUGCGGCGGAGGUACUCGGAGGAUGAUGAAGAAUAUUCCGAUGACGACGGAGGAAGUGGGAAAAUGGUUCCGCCGCAUUUGAUCGUUGGACGGAGGAUGGAAGGUGGUCAGAUGGCGUUUUCCGUUUGUACAGGUAACGGGAGGACUCUCAAAGGACGGGAUCUUAGCCGGGUUCGUAAUUCGGUUCUCAGGUUAACCGGUUUUUUGGAGGCUUAGUUUCGGACCGCUUCCCGAUUUUAUCAAAUUUUCCCGUCUUCCAAUUUUUUUCUCUCUUUAGCGGAAGAAUCAGCGGUCUUAUUGUUUUUUUCUUUAGUUUCAUUUGAAGUUCAAAAGGAAAAUGUUAAAAACAUUUAUUUCCUUUUUUAUUUAUUUAAUUUCUUAGUUCUGAUUGUUCUCAAAUGUAAUAAAGAAAAACAGAAGAAAAUCAUUCCAGAUUAUGCGUUAUUAGAAUAAUAUUUAGUUGUUCUUUGCAGAGAUUGAGAUCUAAUGUUCAUCAACUAUGCGUUUAUGCGUAUGAAAUUGGAUCGAUUGUAUAAUGAAUAGAAUUUUAUUGUGAAGAUAUCUGUAGAAAUUGGAAUAUAGCUUUGUUUCGUAAUCGAGAUAAAGACAAAUAGAACCAGCUGUUCGGUUCUAAUUGAUUGAGAGAGAGAGGUCACACUUCUUGCCGGUGACAGCAACGUGAAAAGAAUGAAUUAUUUUUAGCGUAUUUUAACAACCAAAUAUGCAUUGUUUUGUUUGUAUCAGUUCAAUAAUGUUUAAACGUUUUAGCAUUUGUUCGUGAAAGAAAAUAAUAAGACUAAGAAAAAUACUAGAUCCACGUGUUUAAGAGCAAUAUCGCCAAUUUGAGAUGGUCAAAGUUUAUCCCAAAUAAAUUACAUGGUCAAGUAAAUUAACUUAGUUCUUCACUUCUUCUAUCUUCUGUUCUUAAAUAUUAAAUGGAAUCCUUAUUCUUUAUUUAAAAGCAUAUGAAGAUCUUGACAUGAUUAUAUAUCUUGUAGCCAUCCCUUUGGACAUGGAGUGUCCUCGUGGGUUUACUUUGAUAUAAUUAUAAGCCGACGACACAUGCAUCUAGCCAUGUUCCUAUCGAUUCAAAAACUUUACUGAACUGUUUGAUAUACACUAUUUUAAUAUUUUAACCUUUAAGCUUGUUUUUCACACUCGAAUUGCGAUAAUACUAUCUACAUGUUUAAUACUUCUACAGCCAAUAUAAAAAAUUAAAAUCUAACGUGCUUGGUCUUAGAUUAGGCAGCUCUUUUCUGAUGGUCAAUUUUUUCUACCACUCGUGCUUUCCUUCUAUAAUUUUUAUAAAACCGACAACGAAAUAAUAGAUCACAAUAUUAUUUUUUGCAACCACAUAAUUGCAUAAAAUUCUACUUGUCUGUCACAAAUAAGAAAAGACCAAAAAGGUUUAUGCAAUAAGAUCAUCUCCACGCUCUAUUACGAAGUUUUCAAAACUCUAUAUUUGAAGUUUAAUGAUGUUAUUCGCCAAAAGCAAAACUUCAAACUUAACUUCAAAACUAUUUGCAUUUUAUAUUACGGUCUGUAUAUUUUUCAUAGUUAAUUAAAAUUUAUAAAACUUUUGUAAAUAACUAAGCACAUAAAUAAAAAUAUUACAGCAGUAUUAAUUAAUAAAAUAUAAAUUUUAAAUAAAAUAACAUAACAUAAUUAAUAUUAAACUUCAAGCAAAAUAUCAUAUUAUUCCAUAAAAUUAUUAUUUAUUUUUUGGCGACCCAUAAAAUUAUUUAUGUAAUACAUAUAUGAUCAGCUAGUACCUUUGAGUAAAACACAACUCUCUUUAUUUUUAUUGUGUACAUUAAAAACUAAAAAUUGUUGAAAUCGGAUGGUCUUAAACUUGCAAAUACAUUAGAUCUGAACAAUAAAGUAAAAGAGAAAAAUAAAUAUUGCUAAGAAACUUAACUUCUAUCGAUAUAUUAAUAUUCAUGAAUACAUUCGAUUUGAAUAAGAAAUAAUUGUAUUAACAUACAUCAAAACAAGAACAACAACCAUUUUCGGUUACACAAAAUUUGUUUGGGCAAUAUUUUGAAGAUUUUGGAGGUUCCUAAUCAAAUUACCUGACUAUUAGUGUUAUUGUAAUACUUAAAUUUGUGUAAUAGCUAUGUCUUUCAUUUAAUUUCAGAACUUUGAUGUAGUUAAAUUUCUUUUGUAUUGUUGUUGUCUAAAUCUAGUUUUAAAAUACUUUAAAUUUGAUUUUAAAGUUUUAUUUAAGUUUAUGUGUAAAGCUUAAAUUUAUAAAAAUAUUAAAAUUUUAUGAAAUAUAAUUUUUAAGGAUUAAUACGAUAAGCGAGAAAAUAUUUAAGAAUUAUAAAUGUGAUGUGUAAUUAUAGGGAGCAAAAUGCAAAAAAAAAAAUGAAACUUCAAAUUUAAAAUUUUGAAGUUUUGAAGUUUCUUUUUGGAAAAUAGAAAACUUUAUAUUUGAAUUUAUAGAGUCUCUUUUGGAGAUGUUCUAUAGCGUCAAAUGAAAUGGUUAUAUUUUUAUGGGCGCAAAUAUAUAUGCAUAAUGUUUUUUUUGGUUUUAAUGUUAAAUGGUAUAUAAUGUUAUGUCAUGACUAUUAUCAAGGUAGUUAGAAAGAACCUUGUCUUCAGGGACGGAGGUGGAGAGGAGAAUGUGGAGUCAGGUGACCCACUAAAAUUAGAGAAAAAAAAAUUUGGUGUAUUUUUUUUUUAAAAAUAUUAUAAUAUUUAGUUAAAAUAUAGCAUUUGAUCCCAUUAAUUUAUGUAUAAGUUUUCGUAUGCUCCCAUUAACUUUGUAAAAAAAAAUAUUUCUAUAAUAAUAACAAUAUAUAUAAAUAUUAAAUUUACAUAUUAUGACCCAAUCAAAAUAUUCAUGGCUCCGCUACUGCUUGUCAUCCCUCGUCUCAAAUAACUAAAGCAUAUACGUUAUGUGUUUUUAGCCGUCAUGACUAUUUUGAAGAUAGAUAGAAAGAACAUUUUCAUAUGAAAUUACUAUUUUAUUAUUUAAAAAUCCUGUUAUAUAUUUUUUUACCAAUGCUCUAGUUUUAUACGAACAAGUAAAGUAUAUAUUUUUAAUUUAAAAGGUUCAAACAGACAGAAAAAAUAAGUGAUAUGAUGUGGAAGUACAACCGGACCACGUGUGUGAGAACAACAAGAACUUCGAGUGGGAUGGGAUGAUCAUAGGCUAGCGUCAGAAUUUGAUUGGACUGUUACAGAUGAUAUGUUUCAUUCCAAAACGUGGCCGUCUAGCCGCUUAGGCGUUGUUGUUUGGAGGUUGAUCGCGACGAUUAUGUCCAAAUCUGUGUAGCUAGACGUUGAUCCGCGUAAGACCGUCUAGUUUCUGCGUUGACCGUUAAAUUUCCGCCUAAUUUCAGCCUGAUCCCGCGUUGACCGUCUAAUUCCCGCAUAAUCCCGCGUUGACCAGCUAAGUUUUUUUUUUCUUUUCCGUCCGUGUAAGUUAAAACACGGUUGAUUAUUUUUUACUCAUUAUUGACAGAUUUUGUGUAAUUAUUCAUUACUAAAUAAUUAUAACUAGUUAACAAACCCAAAACAAACAUAUACAUACUACAUUUAGGGAUUUUUUCGUACCAAACCCAUCAUUUACGAAUCAAAAAGAGACUAUUUAAAAUUAUAUAUAAAAUUAUAUAAUUAUGUCUAAGAACUUGUAUCAUCAUCAUUAAAAUUAGCUAAAUAUAUUAUAAAUAUAUUAAAUUGUAUUUAAAACUAGACUCCGCGUAAUUCCCGAAUACUUCCCAAUUUUUUGGUAAUUCGCUAGGCCCGAAGUUACCAUCCGACUAGCGCUUAGCGUAUAGCGUAGUUUCAAACAGGGGUUUCAUUGCAUUCACGUGCAUUCCUUUCAAGCCACAAUUCUUUCCACCCCAAUUUAUUACGUGUGCAAGCAAACAAAUAACCCAAAAUCAUUUGAUACAGCCAUUUAACUUGUCCUUUUCUCAAUAACGCUCUUGAAAGGUUUCUAGUUUGGCCCAAGUUUACAUUUAAUGCAGACUAUUUCUUUUGGGUCUCUGCAACUUCCAGUUAUGAAAAUGAUUUUCUGUAAUUGCUCAAUAUAUAUCCAAAAGCAGAAUUAAUUCCAAGGGAUGACAAGUUGAAGGCAGGGGCGGAUCUAGCAUCUACAAUGCGACCAAAAAGUUAUUUCCGCUGUUAUCUAAGUUUUCAAGCAAACAAAUAACCCUGUUGUUACCUAGGUCCGCCCCUGGUUGAAGGUUGUUUCGACCAAUUAUGAAUCAACUUGUUGUGUGAAGAAUAUGUGAACAAGAAUAAUCUGCACAGUGAAAAGCUAUGAAAUAUAAUAGAAUGUGACCAAAAAGUUAUUUCCGCUGCAAAAGCCUUUUGCUUAUGAUAAAACCUCUCACAUUUUGUCCUAAAGGGGUGGUUUUACUUACAAAUCUGAGCUCCCAAAUUGACAAUUUCCUUGACUAUGUCAAACAGCUUGAUGCAUAACCAAACUUGCUGAUGUCUAGUUUAGGAAGAGAACCUACUUUUACCAAAAACAGAAUAAAGACAACAAACAAAUCUCUUUGAGAUUAUUUCAUCAGUCGCCAGAGGUAAAAAUAUUCACCCUUUUGAAGGACAAGUGUUUAUGGAUAUCUUUGAGAGGUGCACUCAGACAACUAGCGCGAGAGCCAGACCCAUAAUAUCUAGAAGAUGAUAUAGCUGAGACAAAUAUUUCUACUGAUUUCUCUGCUAUUUCUGAGUAAUGUCCCAUAUGUGAAAUGAUGGAUCCAAACUUCUCAACAUCGUCAUGUUUCUGCAUUUACAACUUCACAGGAUAGGACGACACAAAAAAAACGUUUAGGAUACAGAGUAACAUUCCCUAAAAUAGCAAUCAUACAUCAAAAAUACACCGCGCACAACACAGAUUCAGCUCUAUCUUAUACUAUUAA